GGCGGGCCUCGUCGUUCUCACGGGUGACGGAACAGCGGGCGAGUCACACAAUCCAGAAGAAACCGCCGUGAAACGUCAAAAUAACAGAAAACAUCGGCUUGACAAUGGAUUUUGAUGAAGAUAAAGGUGAAGGUUCAGUACCAGAGAUCCCAACCAGUAAAAUGACAAGACAACAGAUUUUAACACUUAUUGCUAUGGCUUCCAUAAACUUCAGCUCAAUGAUCUGCUACUCCAUCCUGGGUCCAUUUUUCCCAAACGAGGCAAAGAAGAAAGGUGUCAGUCAAGCCAUGAUAGGAUUCAUAUUUGGCAUCUAUGCAUUAUGCACUUUGGUGGGAUCAUUGGUACUUGGUAAAUAUAUUGUCCAAAUAGGAGCCAAAUUUAUGAUCGUUGCAGGGUUGUUUGUAUCUAGUGGAUGUACUGUACUGUUUGGGUUUCUCGAUCAAGUUGCUGAUGGGAGAAUCUUCAUAGGUCUCUGUUUAAUCACGCGCUGCAUAAACGCCGUCGGCUUUGCUGCUGCAGUCACAGCAUCUUUUGCCGUUUCAGCUAAAGUCUUUCCAGACAACAUAGCAACUGUUUUGGGUUUUAUGGAGAUUUUUACAGGGCUUGGCCUUAUAUUAGGACCUCCGAUAGGCGGUUGGCUGUAUCAGUCGUUCGGAUAUGAAAUCCCGUUUGUUUUCACAGGAUGUCUUCUGUUUGCUGCAGUGCCUCUCAAUAUGUGGAUUUUGCCGAGUUUUGAUGCGGUUCCUUCCCACGAUUCCUUCUUCAGGCUGUGUACAAGAAUAAAGAUACUUCUCAUUUGUUUCGUGGUCUUCACUGUGAGUUCAGGAAUUGGUUUCCUGGAUGCAACUCUGUCCAUAUUUGCUAUAGAAAAGUUUAAUAUGAGUGCUGGAAGAGUUGGGUUGCUUAUGAUCGGACUGUCAUUGCCGUAUGGGGCCGCAUCACCCGCUUUCGGUAUAAUUAGUGAUAAAUAUCCAUCAUUCAGAAAAUGGAUGAUGGUGAUUGGAGGAAUGGCCACGUCUGUCAGCUUCUGUUUACUCGGACCACUUCCGGUUUUCCAUGUUGAAAGUCACCUUUGGCUCACCGUCCUCAUGUUAGUUGUGGUGGGCUUUUCCGUGUGCAUGACCUGUAUCCCCACCUACGCUGAGAUGAUCGUUUGUGCACAUGAAUAUGGCUUUGAGGAUGGCUUAAGCACGCUGGGUCUUGUAUCUGGAUUGUUUUCCGCUGUAUGGUCUGCUGGGAUGUUCUUUGGCCCGACCGUUGGAGGUUACGUCACACAAGCGCUGAACUUUGAAUGGAGUGCAGGGGUUCAAGGUGGCCUCGCCUUUCUCGCUGCACUCUUUCAAGUUAUAUAUUUCACAAUUAAAGAAAUACAAAAGAAUAAGUCGCAAAAGGCACAAACGACAGUAUCUCAAGGAGAAAAAUCUCCUCUUCUUUCAAGGGCAGAUGCUCUCAGUGUUGACAUCAGUUGAAAUGAGCCGCUUUAAGAGCAAGAACAAACUUUAUCAUAAUGAUGGGAAAUAUUUAAAUAUGACAGAGAAGACAAAUCCGUCAGUUUACCAUUAAAAGUUGUGGACCUUCAACGUAACCUGGACCAAAUUCGCAUCCAUUGAAUCAUGAAAAAGUAGUCGUGUGAACAUUUACAAAGUAAAUGUUGUGUGUGUGUAUUAAAGUAUAAUGUAACCCUUUAAAGGUGCAUUGUGUAACUUUUAGAAGGAGCAAUAUAAUAUACAUAACUAUAUUAUCAGUGGUGUAUAAAGACCUGAGCCGAUUUUAUCUACAAAAACCGCUGGUCCCCCUACAUGAAAGUCGGCAUUUUGUGCCGCCAUGUUUCUACAGUAGCCAUAAACGGUCAAACUGCUCUACAAAGUGCAUUUUGUCACUACGUUGCUUCAAAUGAUGAAAUGUUUGUACUGUGCCGUCUAUGCGUUUUGAAAGGGAGGGGUGAGCUGUGGACUGAGCUGUUGGUUGCACUACACACUGGACCUUUAUUGUUCACAAUGGUAAUAUAAUAAUGACUUUCCUCCAAACAGAUUCAGGUCAGUAGGGCGAGUCAUGUGCUCUCUGACUGACCUGUUAUCACAGCUAGGUGAGUUUUUACAACAGAGGUAAAGACAUUUUUACACAUUGUAGACAAAAAGUGAAUCCGUGCAUUGUACGUUUUGCUCGAAUGUUGUGUUGAGCUUUAACAUAACCUGUAAAGAUAUUUAGUACACUAAUAUUUUAAGCAAAUUUAAACCCAUUUAUUCAUCAAGGGUACUUUGUAUCAUAAGUCAUUUGUAUCCCUUUAUAAAGUGUGUUUCGUAUACAAUAGAGGGUUGUUUUAAGGGUUUAAGCCUUCAAAAACUUUGAAAAGAGGAUUUAUUUGUUACUUAACAUGGAUUAGUCGUCUAGCUGUAGUUUAUGAACCCUAUUUCAACAGCUUUUAUAGAUUUGCAUGUUAUUGGCAGAAAUAAUAAAGAUGGGAAACAACUGAUAUUUUAUAAUAAUGUGCAUUUACCAUGUUUGAUUAAUGAUGAUAUGCUCUUUGGAGCAGGUAUGGAGUAUUGGCUCUUCUAAUACUUGCAGAUGUCAACCUUAUCAUGAAAAGUAAUGUUUAUACCCAUGCAAAGUUUAAGCAUUUUUUUUCCUUAGUUAAGUGCAAAUUUUCAGAUUUGUCACAACGCAUAAAUGUUUCCAUCUUUUAAAAUAAAUAACGUCAGUAUAGACUGAUAUUUUUCUGAUGUCUCUAGACUCUAUCAUCAAGGGUUUAAUCAAAUGUAAACAGAUGGUUGAAUACAUUGGUAAUAAAUGCAUUCUCUGAGAAACUAUAUUUCAAGUUUUGACUGAAAAUGUCACAUCCAUAACGCUGGAAUUGCUCACCUGCUAUUUCUUUAUUUUUAAAUGAAAGCAUUUUCAAAUCAUAAAAUAGAUACUGAAUUUAUUUUUGUUUGGUGACCGGUGCAAAAUGUUAAUUGAAGUAUUACAGUUCUUGUUGAUA